GCCAAGUACCAAGUAUCGCAUCGAAUAUGCACGUGACCAUCUCGGUGCCAAGCCAUCCGACCUCCGUCGUGAGCCGCCCAGCCUCGUCAUCAUGAGCUUCUGAGCUGCCUCAUCCUCCGAACCUACGUCAGGUGCCUAAUUCGACGCCCGCCCUUUUAUCCUCGCGCAUCUCUGAACAACCUCGUCAUCCUCCGACAUAUUGUAGACCAACGAGCCCGACGAUCCCGACACCCAUUCUCGUACACGACAGCAUGGAGGAGGAGCGUCUCUGGAAGUUCAGACGGCCCGAGUGGCUGAACAGCAUCUGGGCCCGCAACGCCGGUGUCUACGGCGCCGGAGCUCUGUUCUCCAUCGCCUUUUACGUCAUGCUCGACUCCGCCGUCUGGUCCAAGUCUGCCAACAACGGCUCUGAUGUCCAUGUCAAGUUUGUUGACUGGCUGCCCUUCAUUUUCUCCAGCCUGGGCAUGCUCAUCAUCAACUCGGUCGAGAAGCAGCGCCUCAGCGCGGACUCGUUCAGCUACAGUGGGUCUGGUGUCGCGUGGAAGGCUCGCGUGGUACUGUUCCUGGGCUUUGCGGCCCUCGCUGGUGGCAUGGCUGGAGGCGUCACUGUCUUCGUCCUCAAGUUUGUCGUCCCUAGCGUGGCUAUGCCUGCUUUGAGCAUGGGCAUUGAGAACGUCGUGAGCAAUGCCUUGGUUGGCCUGAGGUGAGUUUAAAUCCGCUUUCUCCUCUAAAUCUGGAGAUAAAUUUGCUAACACGACUCAGCUCCGUCGUCCUUUGGGUUAG